AAAACGUAAUUUUUAAAAAGCAUGUUUUGAUAUUUAGUUAUUUUUAAUUCUGUUUGAAAGUAAAUCAGAGCGCUUGCGUACUAUUUUCAAACGUAAUACAGAAUAAUGGUUUACAAAUAAUUUAAAUUUCCUUUGUAAAAUUACUACCCCGACAUUCACACACGUAAUUAUUUCUUUUAUUUAAAAUUUAUUUACGUACUUUUUUUUAAACAGUUUUUGAAUUAAUAAUACUGUAUAUUUUGUCAUAUGUCUUGUUAAACCUACAUUUAGGGUAUAAUCCAUAAUCCAAACACUACAACAUAUACCACUUACCAACGUACAAUUUUGUGAACAAAAUUUAAAAAUGGGUAAAUUUGUUAUAUUUAUGUUAUUUAUGGUUUUUAAAACUGCUAUUUCAGCCGAUUACAAUGAAAUGUUAAAUGUAUUGAAAACAUUUUUUGUUCGGAGACAUGUUCAAACCGUGACAGCUGCAAAUACGUGUUGGUCAUUUGACGUCAAUAAAAAACUUUUGGACGGUCUCUCGUCGGCCGACAUAUCCGUGUCUUUCAGUCCACCCACGCAACAAACACAAAACUACUCCACGUGGUACAGAUGCGCCUUUAUAAUCGAUCUGUCUUGUAGAAAUUCAACAGAAACAUUACAACAGAUUUCAAAUGAUCGCCUGUUCAAUACCCAAAACGAUUGGAUACUGUUCGAUGAGGGUUCGCUCGCGAAUGACAUGAGCUUAGCUCAAUUUGCAAUGCGAACAUUUCAAAUAUAUUUGGCCAAUGCCUACAUUCUACCGGAUGCUGGUGUAUUUUUAUUCCUUGAGACCUACAAUAGUGAUAUUUGGGAAAUUUGGAGUGGUUUUCGAGCUAGUAAAUUGGACACGAUAAGAGUGUUCGAAUAUGGCAGGGCAUCAUCAAACCAGUUGACAAUAAGUGAAUCACAUGACGAGAGAAGAAAUUUUCGUGGUAUUACACUGAAAUCUACAACAGUGAUAAUCGACAGAGAUCAUUUUUUUGGAUUUGAUAAAAAAAUUAGUUCUGACUUGGACGUAUUCGCACAUAUGCAUUAUGAAAUGAUCGUUACAUUGACUAAUCAACUUAAUUUUAAGAUAGAUCUUACUAUUGACAACGAUUACGGAUGGUCUCUGGGCAAUGGUUCGUUCGGUGGUGUAACUGGACUUUUACAAAGAGAAGAAAUUGAUUUUAGUGCGACUGGUGUUUUUAUUCGGCCUGAUAGAAUGUCAGUAAUCGAUUUUACAGUCGGCACAAUUGCGCUACGAACCACAGCGAUUUUUAGGCAGCCUUCGUUGUCCAGUGUACAUAAUAUUUUGUUGUUGCCAUUCACGUUUGAUGUAUGGCUAGGCAUAUGUGCAACUUUAUGUGCAUUUGUGCUCACCUUGGUUUUUUUAAUGCGUGUAAAUAACUACUUCGCAGAGAAAAAAUAUGAUACACUAAAUGUUCUAGAAAUAGUGACCUUGGUCCACGGAGCUAUAUGUCAACAAGGAUCUAAUAAUUCAACUUUAACAUUGGGAUCCAUACGUGUCGUCAUAUCCAUACUUUUUUUUACUUCUCUUUUCAUAUAUACGUCGUAUUCUGCAAGCAUUGCUGCGCUAGUUCAAUCAAAUAGUAAUUCAAUCAAGUCUAUUAAAAAUAUAGUGGAAUCGCCCAUGACAUUUAGUGCUCAAAUCAGCCAAUAUGGGAAACAUUAUUUUGAAGAAACAGAAGAUUUAGAAUUAAGGAAGCUUUAUAAGACAAAAAUUGUGCCUAGUGGAAAUAAAUCGUUCGUUAGAGCUGCGGAAGGGAUGGAAAGAAUUCGAACGGAGUUUCACGGAUUUCAGGUAGAAGUAAUGUCGGCCUACAAGAUUAUCAGUAAGGAAUGGCGUGAAGAGGAGAAAUGUGGCUUGGGUGAGAUUCAACUUUUCAAGAUACCACUUUUGUCAAUAGCUUUAGUCAAAAAAUCAGGACACAAAGACAUAUUUAAACAAAAGCUAAUACAACAGAUGGAAGUCGGACUGAAUAAACGAAUCGCUAGUCAAUGGUUACCUCCGAAGCCAUCGUGUGGAUCGUCCGGCAGAGCCAAACAAUAUGUUAGCGUUUCUGUCAAAGAAACAUAUGUAACCCUUGCAAUAUUUGGAUUCGGCGUAUGCAUUUCGUUGCUGAUUUUUAUACUGGAAGUGUUACAACAUGCCUGGACGAACCGUGGAUCCAAAAAAAAUUUGUGGAAGUAAAAACAAACAAUUUAAUAAUAUAUUUGAAAUGUAUAAUAAUAGUUUUAUGACUUUAUGAGUCAUAACUAUUAAUUUAUGACUAAUAUUAUGACCAUGCUUACUAUAGGAAAUAAAUUAUACAACUAUAAUUAUUUUUUUAUUUCAUUUUAAUUUAUUUAUUUAUCAAAGCAAUAUUGUCUCUUAUAAUAUUAUUAUUUAUAAUAUAGCUAUAUAUUUUAUAUUGGUUUAUAAUAUAUUAUAUUAUUAUAAUUUCACGUCGAGUGUUACUGAUGGGUAGCUGCUCCUCUCACGCUUUCAAAGUCAACUGUAUAAUCCAGCUCAUAUGCUUAUUGUAACUACUAUUACAGAUUGUAUAUAUUCAAAUAAAUGUUUAAA